CCUCUCUCUCCCUCCGCUGCGGGGCCACACUGCGACCGCGCCGACGGACGAGGAACCGGAGCCGCAGCGCCGGAACCGGUACCGAGCAGAGAGAAGAGAAGAGAAGAGAGAAGAGCAGCCACCAGGAGGAGGAGGGAACCCGCGGCCCGUGCGUCUCUCACGCUAAAAGGAUAAAAAAAAAAAAAAAAAAAGAAGGCGGAGACGCGUCACGCCGCUCUUCUUCCUCCCUUCAUCUCUGCUCCGGGAGGAGAAGAAGCCGAAGAAGAGGAGGGACCCCGGAACGAGCUGAGCGGGACCUCGGAGUGUCGGAGCCUCCCCCCUCCUUCCUGCCCCGGACCAGGAUCUCUGCAGCGGCGGCAGCAGCAGCCAGUAGCGGCGCGGCAGCACCAUGAAGGACCGUACGGCGGAACUGCGAAGCGCUAAGGACAGCGAUGACGAUGAGGAGGUGGUGCAGGUCGACAGGGACCACUUCAUGGACGAGUUCUUUGAGCAGGUGGAGGAGAUCCGAGGCUGCAUAGAGAAGCUGUCGGAGGAUGUGGAGCAGGUCAAGAAGCAGCACAGCGCCAUCCUGGCCGCGCCCAACCCUGAUGAGAAGACCAAGCAGGAGUUGGAGGACCUCACAGCUGACAUCAAGAAGACAGCCAAUAAAGUUCGCUCAAAAUUAAAAGCAAUCGAGCAGAGUAUCGAGCAGGAGGAGGGCCUCAACAGAUCAUCAGCGGACCUCAGGAUCCGCAAAACACAGCACUCAACGCUGUCGCGCAAGUUUGUGGAGGUGAUGACCGAGUACAACACCACGCAGUCCAAGUACCGCGACCGCUGCAAGGACCGCAUCCAGAGACAGCUAGAGAUCACUGGAAGAACCACCACCAACGAGGAGCUCGAGGACAUGCUGGAGAGUGGCAAGUUGGCCGUCUUCACCGAUGAUAUCAAGAUGGACUCUCAGAUGACCAAGCAGGCCCUGAACGAGAUCGAGACCCGGCACACCGAGAUCAUCAAGCUGGAGAACAGCAUCCGCGAGCUGCACGACAUGUUCGUGGACAUGGCCAUGCUGGUGGAGAGCCAGGUGGGUGGCGCCGCCGCAGCAGGAAGUGGGCGUGUCACCAGAGGAGCUCACGCUUACACUGGUUUGUGCUUUGUGUUCCAGGGAGAGAUGAUUGACAGAAUCGAGUACAACGUGGAGCACUCCGUCGACUACGUAGAGCGGGCCGUCUCCGACACCAAGAAGGCCGUCAAAUACCAGAGCCAGGCUCGCAAGAAGAAGAUCAUGAUCAUCAUCUGCUGCGUCAUCCUCGGCGUGGUCUUGGCGUCAACUAUCGGCGGCACGCUGGGUCUCUAGGACGCUCCGGCCGCCCGCCGCCACGACGACCGAUGCCGACCAACCGACCAUCCGACCGACCGACAGCCAGCAGAGAAAAGAAACACGACCCAAAAACUUGAAACACAAAUGCAAGACAGAAAACCAUCAGCUAGGAAGAGAGACCGACCCAGGCACAGAUGAGAGGGAACAGCACGGGUUCGGGUGGGGUGCAAAACAACAAUAUGCUAUCACAUUAUAGCUGACGUAACCACACAACAUAUACAAAAGAGGGUACAAAUAAACCUAUUUAUUACAGAUGUAAAUGUAUUGAACAUAUGUGGGUUAGCUACCUGUAAAAACUCAUCACCUAGACGAUGACAUUUACCUGUUUGUUUGGCUUUUUUCUUGUUUUCUUGGCGAUUUCUUUUGUUUUUUGGGAGUCUUCGAGGACAGUGACGGCUGCCGGGUCGGAGUUUCUCGGGACGAAUCUGUCUCAGCUCCUUCCGUUCGCUCCGCGUCACCUCCGUGUUAGCACAUGCUAGGUGUUCUGGGACGGUUCUGGACCAGCACCGCCGAGUUUCUCGCCAACAGACCUCCCCUCAUUGGCUGCUGGCUCCUGUCGUUCAUCCGACCAAUGAGGGGGAAGCUGCAGCACAGCAUGUUUCCAUGACAACUCCCCCUCAUUUUUGCCCCUGUCCAACCAAAGACGAGGGGGAGGGAGGUGACGGGUGGGACAG